GGAAGUGAUUGGGACUUCCGGGUCUGUUGUGUUGGGCUGGAGGAGGCAAGGGAAGGUGGAGGUUUUCUCGCUCACCAUGUGAGGGGGGACCCCCCAUUGAGGCAUUCCCCCCAGGACAGUCUGCUGAUGAAAUGGAGCCUGGGACAAAUUCUUUCAGAGUGGAAUUCCCUGACUUCUCUAGCACCAUCUUGCAGAAGCUAAACCAGCAACGCCAACAAGGGCAGUUGUGCGAUGUUUCUAUUGUCGUCCAGGGUCACCUCUUCCGAGCCCAUAAAGCUGUUCUGGCAGCCAGCUCCCCUUACUUCUGUGACCAAGUGCUCCUGAAAAACAGCCGGCGGAUUGUUCUACCUGACGUCAUGAAUCCCAGAGUCUUUGAGAACAUCCUUCUGUCGACCUACACGGGACGGCUGGUCAUGCCUGCUCCGGAGAUAGUAAGCUACCUCACGGCAGCAAGCUUUCUUCAAAUGUGGCAUGUCGUAGACAAAUGCACAGAGGUUUUGGAAGGGAAUCCUUCUGUUCUUUGUCAAAAGCUGAACCGUACUAGUGACCAUCAGUCUCCAAGCAGCAGUAACUACAAUGGCCUUGUGGAAAGCUUUGAGCUUGGAUCUGCUGGGCAGACUGACUUUCACAAAGUACAGGAACUGAGGGAUGGUGAAAAUGAAGAGGAAAGUUCAAAAGAUGAGCUCUUGUCUCAGUUAACGGAGCAUGAGUAUCUGCCCAGUAAUUCUUCAACGGAACAUGACCGGCUGAGCAUAGGAAUGACCAGCCAGGAUGGGGAAGAAGGAGCUAGUGAUAGUGCUGAGUAUCAGUACACAAGACCACUUUAUAGCAAGCCCAGCAUCAUGUCUCACAAGCGGUGGAUCCAUGUGAAGACGGAGCGGUUUGUGCAGGACUGUGAUGCUGUCGAGGUGCAUGGUCCUUACGACGAGCACCAAGUAUCUGAGUCCAUAAAUGCCAUUCAGGCUGACCACACUGUCCAGACCACUGCUCCCGAAGAUCUCCGCCUCAGUGACAAAAAGCUGGAAAGGGAGUUGAGUGGGCAAGCCAACGAGAGCAAUUACGACGAGCAAGUGGAUUUCUAUGGGUCUUCCAUGGAAGAGUUCUCUGGGGAUAGGGCUGAUGGAACUUUAAGCCUUCAGAGACAGGAUGUGGCAGGUUAUGGAGAAAGUGUGAAUCUGACUUCAGGGAUCAAGGAAGAAAAUGCCCUCUCUGCGUUUUCUACAGGUGAUAAGCUUUACCCGUGCCAAUGUGGCAAAAGUUUUACACACAAGAGCCAGAGGGACCGGCACAUGGGCAUGCACCUUGGGCUUCGGCCUUAUGGCUGUGGUGUGUGCGGUAAGAAAUUCAAAAUGAAGCACCAUCUAGUUGGGCACAUGAAAAUCCACACAGGCAUCAAACCCUAUGAAUGCAACAUUUGUGGGAAGAGGUUCAUGUGGAGGGACAGUUUUCAUCGACACGUAACGUCUUGCACAAAAUCAUAUCAAGCCUGUAAGGUGGAACAGAAUGCUACUGAGAUGAACUGAAGAGAGGGGAAGAUAUUGGAGAGGGGGGCAGCACAUACGAUUGCUUAGCCAAGUAAGCAGAAUGAACACUUUGCACAGGGCAGUGCCUGGUACUUUUCAUUUUCUGGAUGAUAUAAAAAUAAAUUCUGUGGAGAAACUGUGGAUGCAAGAAG